GUACAGAGGAGCUUACACUCUAAUGUCCCCUCCCCCGCAGUCCCAUCAGUCUCUGUACAGAGGAGCUUACACUCUAAUUCCCAUCAGUCUCUGUACAGAGGAGCUUACACUCUAAUGUCCCCUCCCCCAGUCAGCUUACUAAUCAUAGUCCCAUCAGUCUCUGUACAGAGGAGCUUACACUCUAAUGUCCCCUCCCCCCAAUUGCAGUCCCAUCAGUCUCUGUACAGAGGAGCUUACACUCUAAUGUCCCCUCCCCCGCAGUCCCAUCAGUCUCUGUACAGAGGAGCUUACACUCUAAUGUCCCCUCCCCCGCAGUCCCAUCAGUCUCUGUACAGAGGA